AUGCAUGACAGAGCAGACAUGGUAGCGGAGAACAGUUUCUUGUUUAUCCCGGUUGCCUUGUGGCUGAUAUAUGAUGGAAUGACUGGGAUAGAGGAGGUGAUCCAUGAUGGUCUGAUUCUUAAACUUUCGAGCUCAGCCAUGUGUUACAAUGCACUAGGAUCAUAUCAGAAUCAUCACCAUCACCUCUCAACAUUGCAUCGGCUUUGGUGCCAAACUCGGGAAGGCCCGAACGACAUGCAAGCGGAGGCCUGCCACGUGAAAGGCCAGGGUCCAGACUCCAGCACGCGCCGGCCUGGGCCAAUCAGAUCGCCCGCUAAGACCCUGCGACCGCACCUGAUCUGCCUGGCGCUUGCCUGCCUUAGGCCUCUUGACGCCCGCUCCAGCAGUUCCCGUACAGAAAGGGGAGAGACAGCCAGAGAGCCAGUUUCAGGUUUCAACCCCAGAGAAAAAGCAACGAAAAAGGGUAGACACGGCAGAUGCAUCAUCGAGGUCUUGGCUGGCUUGGCUGGCUUGGCUGCUUGGCUGCUUGGCGGCCUGACUGCCUGGUGUUCCCUCCAUGAACCAACUUCCCUGAUGACGAUCUGCGGUGGUGGUCUGUUAGCCAACGUGGCGGUCUAUAAUCUUGGCUAUUAUUAUCCUGGCAAUCUCUCCCUGAUGGAGGGUGAAAGGCUGAAAGGCUGA